CAGCUGCAUGAUCGUGAACUUAACUUUGCUGACUAACCACUGGAAUCAUUAAACUCGACAGUUGGAUCGUAUGAUUCCCGACUUUAUUAUGACCUUUUUAUCCGACUGUUUCCACUUUCCUCAACCGUUACCAUUGUUAUCGUAGUUGACCCAAAAUGCAGGUUACAAUCGCACCGGCAAGUAACAAAACGAGCACUGCAGCCAUUCGCUCGCUGUUAUCGCAAAACCCCAAAGUCCAAGUCAAAGGCUUGUACCGUGAUCUGAAGAAAGUCCCCGAUGAGUUCAGCUCUACCGGCAAUUUCACGGCGGUUCAAGGUGACGUUGGAGAUGUGAAUACCCUAGACUUCUCCGGCUCUGAUGCCGUUUUGAUGGUCCUUCCGCCUGCCUAUGACGGUCGCGACAUCGUCGAGCAUGCGAAGAGAAUCUCCAAUAAUGUCAAAACCGCGAUUGAGAGGGCUGGUAGCGUGGGGAGACUUGUGUUGCUGUCGAGUGUCGGUGCGGAAUUCUCGGAGGGCGUGGGUGAGCUCAAAACAAAUCACAUCUCGGAACAAGUUUUAAAAACCACGGAUAUCCCUGAAGUCAUUAUCAUCAGAUGUUCUUACUUUAUGGAAAAUUGGACCAUGUCCGUUGAGACAAUCAAAGGCCCAAACCCCUUCUUUUUUUCGACCAUCACGCCACUCGACUUCAACAUCGCCAUGGUCGCUAUCAAGGACAUAGGUGAAGCGUUGGCUACGCAACUCACCCGCGACUGGACACCUCCCAGCAAACCAUAUAUCAUGGAACUCCGCGGACCAGAGCCGUAUUCUCCACUGGACGUACAGAAGGCAUUUUCGCGGGCGUUGGGUAAGAACGUUGAGAUCAAGGCUGUUGAGAAAGAAGACCUUGCAGAGUUUUAUGGCAAGAUUUUCGCGCCACAAAUCGUGAAUGAGUGGGUUGAGAUGAGUACAUGCUUUUUGCCGGGCGGUAUUGCGGAGAAGAACCUUUCGAAGCCGAGUGAUGUUGAUGUUAUUUAUGGGAGGACGACUUUGACUGAGGCACUGCGAGAAGCGACAGCUGAGUUGAGGAAGUAGUACGCGCUUUUCAGCUAAAAGUUUUUAGAGUGGAGUCAAAAUUGCACAGAGAAAAAUUAAAGAGACAUUAUGUAUUAAACUCAAUGAAAAGCAUGCUAUGCUAUGUGAUUCUACGCAAACAACCCUCCGACAACCACCUGCUAUCCUUACUCCUUCACAAUAACCGGUUUGUUAUGCCACUUCAACUGCCCCUCCUUAAAGUUCGGCUCCGGCAAAAAGUUUAACGU